AUGUCCUGGCACACGAUAAGUGAAGUCAGAGCGAUGGAUUUCUUAGUGAAGAGCGAGAAAUUUGUGUAUCGAAGUCAAGCGAUCGAGUUUUCUAAUGGUGAAUUGCUUUUCAGCGGAAUUCGUGAUAUCGCGCAGAGGCAAGAGGAUGAUCAGGCUAAGAGGCUACACGUACUAUUCAGCCCGACCGUCGACAGGCCCCAAGAUACGCUGGAGGUGCUCCACGCACGCAGCACACGGCUGUCCCGCCACCCUGUACACCAUUGCGUGCAAUACAUAAUGUCGAAGAAAGGGAACACGAUGCUCCAGUACCAGGGCUACACCUACCAUUUGAAGGGAAAGGCCGCCAUCAGGAGGAUCUGGCGGUGCUCCCGCCACUGCUCGUACCAUUGCCGGGCGACCGUGACAACCGUUUACGACACCGUAGUCAAAGUCAGAAACGAACACAACCACGGGCCAAUCAACCUCCUCUUCAAC